AAAAGUAAAAUCAUUCAUUUAAAAUAUUUAUGACAACAAAAUAUUAUUGCGCGGAAAUAAUUAGUUAUCACUUUAAGUAGAAACAAUAUCUCAGACAUUUCAUAUAAAAUUAAAAUGAAAGACGUACUAGUGUUUAUUUGUAGUAUAUUUCUGUAUCCUCAAUUUACAGUACAAGAUGGCUCGGGCACCGAAAAACAGGUCAUUUGCAAUAUAGCUGGAGGAAUAUUUAAAAGUACGUAUGUAUUCAAUAUAACUCAACUGCCAGAACGUUGUGAUAUAAUUACAGUAGCUCAAUUUGCUUUUGACCGUGAUGAUAGUAUCAAUAACCAAAUAUUGGAAUCAGAUAAAGGUAUAAUAACAAGUUUAGUACAAGCUAACAAAACUGUUUUCACACGCAUUGGGUUCGUGUAUGAUGAUGAUUUUCCGACAAUAUUUGAUCCUCCGGACACAGAUAUAUUUCAGAAGAACAUUUUUGGUCCUUUAAUCAAUUUUUUAAAUACAGCAAAAGUGAAUGGUAUUCUUAUUAAUUGUGAAUACAUAUAUGAUGUUACCAUAGUAGAUUUUGAAGUGAAAUUAAGUAAGUUUGUAUCUGCAAUUAAAGAUAAAACAAAUAAUUUAAUAGUCGGUUUAAUCAUAUCUGGUUCAUACUAUUACAAUUUUCCAAAUAAUUCACUUUUUGAUUUUUCAAUAACAAAUGAAGUAUUGGAUCUUUAUAUCAUUAAUUGGUCAACAUUAAAUAUAUGUGACAAAGAUACAGUAAAAUAUGGUCUCAGUCCAAUAACAUCUAAUAUUACGGAUAUGGUUACCAUUGAACAAGUUAAUAGUGGUGUAACUAAUUCAUCUAUGGAUAAAUCAAAAAUAUAUGCUAUGAUACAAGUGUAUCCAGUAAUUCCAACAAACCUUGUUCCCAAAGGUUCUAGGAGUAUUUCAACGUAUUCCAUAUAUUGUAACAGUACCGAUCCAGCUACUUCAUCUCAAUGGUGUAAUAACCCUACAAAACUUUCAUAUGAUCAAGGAGCUUAUGCAGAAACAUCCUAUGUUGGAAUUGUUCUAGAACAGCUUGAUACAGAUGAUUACGGGGGCUGUUGCGAAUGUGAGAAAUUUCCAGUAACAAACCUAAUUAUUGAUGGAUGGACGGCAAGCCCUUUUAAAACGUGUCCUAAACUAGAUCAUAAUUAACAGAUUUUAAUUAAAAUAUACAUUUAUAACAUUUUAAUGUUUUAAUUUAUAUACAUAGAAAUAACAGGUAUCC